UUAAGUCCUGUAAUUUAUAAUAAGGUGCCUAAAUUAUUUUAUAGAUAAAUUGUAUUAUUUUAAAACUGUUUAUAAUUUGUAUUAUAGAAUCCUGAUCAGUCUAUCUCACCAGUGUCAGUAAGGGUUUCAUCAGAUGAUGAGCAGCAAAACAAUGACUUAGACAUUAUGUCUGGAAAUGCUCCUUACUUAAAGAAUCCUGAUCAGUCUAUCUCACCAGUGUCAGUAAGGAUUUCAUCAGAUGAUGUACAGCAGAAAAAUGACUCUGACAUUAUGUCUGAAAUUGCUCUUAAUUUAAAGAAUCCUGAUCAGUCUAUCUCACCAGUGUCAGUAAAGGUUUCAUCAGAUGAUGAGCAGCAAAACAAUGACUUAGACAUUAUGUCUGGAAAUGCUCCUUACUUAAAGAAUCCUGAUCAGUCUAUCUCACCAGUGUCAGUAAGGAUUUCAUCAGAUGAUGUACAGCAGAAAAAUGACUCUGACAUUAUGUCUGAAAUUGCUCUUAAUUUAAAGAAUCCUGAACAGUCUAUCUCAUCAGUGUCAUUAACGGAUUCAUCAGAUGUUGUACAGCCGAAAACUGACUUAGACAUUGUGUUCGGAAAUACUUCAGACAUGAAGUUUGAAAAUGCAGAGAGUAAAGUUGAAAACAUUUGUGAAAAAGUAGAAAACAAUCAAUGCAUCAUGGGAGUUGGUGAACAAGAUAUAUCACUAGUACCUACUACAGACCAUACAUGGUUAGAUUGUGUUGGACAAUUUUCUGCGUUACUUUGUAUGUUAAGUGAAUGCAAUAAUCUCCUCACAAAAGUUACUAAUGUUUCUAUUCCUAAUCCUAUAUCUUUUUUAACUGAAAGUAUCAGUAUGAUUUCUUCCGUCAAGGAAAAGUCAAAUGAAUUUUUAAAUAUGGCUACAUCUGUUCUGACAUCAGAAUUAUCUUUAGGUAACAAUAAUGGAAAUAAUAAUAUAAUUGAUAAACUCUUGGACCACGACCCUGGAAAAAGAGAAAAAGUUCAGUCGUCCUCUCAACGAAAUUAUUUAUUAAGCUUAGGGCCAUUUCAACCAAAAUUACCAAGAUAUCCUAUAAACGUAGAUAUUCCUCAAGGAAGACAACGACAGUUCAAUUCAAAUUGGUUUACAGAAUAUCCAUAUUUAGAGUACAGUGUACAUAAUGAUUCAAUUUACUGUUUUAUAUGUGGAUUAUUUCCUACUGGCCCGAAUCGUUCAUGUGGUGAAACAUCAUGGACAAAAGAAGGAGUUAGGACAUGGCACAAGAUGAAAUCUAAAGGUAAAAACAGAAAAGGAAAAUUAGAAUUACAUUUUACAUCAAAAUCUCACCAAUUUGCAUUGAACGAUUACAGUAAUUUUAUUUUACAUUCUAAUCAUAUUGAUGGACUUCUUAAUAAGGAACAUAGAAAAAAAGCCAUAAACUUUAUUCAGCAGAAAGAAUUUCAUAAAGAUGUAAUUAAAAUUUUGUUUGAUGUAUCUCGUACUUUAGCACGUCAAGGAUUACCUUUCAGAGGAGACAGAGAUGAGAAAAAUGGGAACUUUAAUCAACUUGUUUUACUUUUAUCACGUCACUGUCCAGUUAUGAAGACUUGGAUAGAAGAAGCCAAAUUUCGACCUUAUCACGUUAAUUAUAUGAGUCAUAACUCUCAAAAUGAGUUCAUCUCUUUACUUGCUUUGGAAACAAAAAAACAAAUAGUUAAUGAAGUAAAUGCGGCAAAAAUGUAUUCAGUUAUGGCAGAUACUACCCCAGAUUUGUCUAAUCGUGACCAGAUGUCAGUUUGUGUCCGUUAUGUAGAUUCAUCAGGAAAAGUAUUAGAGCGAUUACUUGAAUUAUUGGAAGUAACUGAUAAAACUGGAAAAGGUACAGCUCAAAAUAUCUGUGAGGUGUUGACUAAAAACUGUCUUGAUUUGGAACGUAUUGCAUUUCAAUCAUACGAUUAUGCGAGCAGUAUGUCCGGAAAAUUUCAAGGAGCUCAAGCCAUGUUAUCUGAACUAGUUGGUUAUCAUAUACCAUACAUCCCUUGUCAGGCCCAUAGAUUAAAUACAUUUGUAGAACAUAGUUGUGAAGCAAGUAUUAUAGUUUGUGACCUAUUUUUCACCUUAGAAAGUUUAUAUGUAUUUUUCUCUUCAAGUACUAAACGAAGUAUAACUUUAGAUAAAGCUCUAUCAAACAUUGAAGGAUCUUUGAAGCUUCGAAAUUUGUCUAAGACCAGAUGGACUGCCAGGGCAGAAUCUCUACGGGCGGUUUGGCUGUCUUUUGAAGAAAUUGUUUCAGUUUUACAUGAAAUAUCUACAAAAUCAACUAUUGAUAAAAAAACUAGAAUACAAGCAUUAGGACUUGAGAAGAAAUGUUUAUCAAUUGAUUUUAUCAUUUGUAUGUACUUUAUGAACCAUAUAAUGUACCAAAUGAAAAUAUUGACUGAAACAUUGGAAACCAAAGAUCUUAAUAUAGUAGACGCACUGAUAUUAAUUGAUAGUUCAAUUAAAUCACUUACAGAAACUAGAAACAAUAGUACACUGAUUAAUGAACUUAUAGCCAGUGCUAAAUCAUUUUGUCUAAAACUAGAUAUUGAUUUUGAUGGGGAUUUUAAUCAACAUCAUAGAAAAGAUUAA